UCUUUCGUCAUUAAGGAAGCACACUCCCUGUUUCUGCAUGCAUGGUGGUGGUUGGAGAUACAGCUGAGCAGAUCCAUGUUUUCCUACACUCACGUGGACAGACUGCUCUACGCAGCCCGUCAAGCUGUCGCUAAAGCCAAGAGAGGAGAGCUUAUUAUGGGAGCGGCUCCUGCUGUCCUAUAUCAGCAACAGCCAGCAUUUCUCCAGUCAUCUGCAACCAUGGCUCCGAGUGAACGCCGUCUUCUCUAUCAACAGAGCACAUAAAAGAGAGGAAAGUGUUGUUUUGGGGCGCUGAGAGAGGUCUGACCUUUCAGGAUGAAACGAAGAAGGACGGGUCUCAAAUCAAAGUGCCAGACGUUACCCUCCCAUCAGAAGAGGGCUAAGAGACAUAAGUGGGGGGCGUCCAGCUUCUCCCCGCCUCAAUCGGAGGAUUGGGGAAACCUGCCCCACUAUGUUGUCCUGCAAAUCUUCCAGCAUCUGUCCCUGGUCGACCGGGCCAGGGCUUCAUCUGUGAGUCGCCGCUGGAAUGACGUCUUUCACACCCCAGACCUGUGGAGGAGAUUUGAGUUUGAGCUCAAUCAGCCGGCGACGUCUUACCUGCGCUCCACUCACCCUGACCUCAUUCAGCAGAUCAUCAAGAAGCACGCCCAGCACCUGCAGUACGUCAGCUUCAAGGUGGACAGCUGUACAGAGUCUGCAGAGGCGGCCUGUGACAUUCUCUCCCAGCUUGUUAACUGUACCAUUAAGACCUUGGGACUGAUCUCCACAGCACGACCCAGCUUCAUGGACGUGUCUCAAGCUCACUUUGUCUCUGCACUGACGGUCGUAUUUGUCAACUCCAAGUCCCUCUCCUCCAUCAAGAUUGACGAUACGCCUGUGGACGACCCGUCCCUCAAGGUGCUGGUUGCCAACAACAGUGACACUUUGAAGUUGCUGAAAAUGAGCAGCUGCCCUCAUGUCUCCCCAGCAGGUAUCCUGUGUGUUGCAGACCAGUGCCAUGGACUCAGGGAACUGGCAUUGAACUACCACCUCCUGAGUGAUGAACUCCUGCUAGCCCUAUCCUCUGAGAAACAUGUCCACUUAGAACACCUGCGCAUCGACGUGGUCAGCGAGAACCCUGGGCAGACGCACUUUCACACCAUCAAAAGGAGCAGCUGGGAGGCGUUAGUGCGACACUCCCCGAAGGUCAACAUCGUCAUGUACUUCUUCCUAUAUGAGGAGGAGUUUGAGCCCUUCUUCCGAGAGGAGACCCCCGUCACGCACGUGUACUUUGGUCGGGCGGUCAGCAAGGAGAUGCUGGGCCGCAUUGGAUUGAACUGCCCCCGGCUGGUGGAGCUGGUGGUGUGCGCCAACGGCCUGCAGCCCCUGGACGAGGAGCUGAUUCGCAUCGCUGAACGCUGCAAAAGCCUAACAGCCAUUGGGCUGGGCGAGUGUGAGGUGACAUGCAGUGGCUUUGUUGAGUUUGUAAAGAUGUGUGGGGGCAGGCUGACUCAGCUGUCAAUCAUGGAGGAGGUGUUGAUCCCAGACAGCAGCUACAACAUGGAGCAGAUCCACAGUGAGGUGUCCAAGCACCUGGGCCGCAUCUGGUUCCCUGACAUGAUGCCCACCUGGUAGACUGACAUGUAGCCCGACUAGACUUAAAAAAGAACAUAAGGUUUAUGAUGCCUGCAUUAGUUGUUAUAACAGUUGGACAUUUCGUUUUUUCACUGGCAUAAAGCUUCAGUAUCACCCUGCAUUGUAAUUGAGGGCAGGAGUUGGUGUUUCAUUUGUAUUUUUACCUGCAGUGAUUGUGAUGUAAAACUACUGUGUUUUUCUCACUUACUAGCACCAACACUAUAUUUUUUUCUGGCUUUAUUAUGAGUACUCAGCUUUUUUUCAAUUCAUAGAUAUUUUAAAGUGAGAGUUCAGGUUGUUGUUGUAGGGUCUGACAGUCGAUUAGGGAAAGUCUGAAUUUAAAGGCACCGGCCUCAAUCUUUUUGUAUUAAGGAUGUAGGUCUGCCCUCUGCUGGUUGCUUGUGUUAUGAGCAUGACAUUUAAGAUGGCAACAACAAUUCUGAAUCUACAAUUUAAAGGAAAUGUAAUCCUUCAUUUGAUUUUUGGUCCUAUUAUAUUAUCAUUGUAUGUAGCUUAAUGAAUUCUAGGGUUUGUUUUUUUGUGGAAUUGUGCUUUACUUUAUUGAUCUGAAAAAAAGCUGCCUCAGUCAUGUUUGUGAUUUCCUAUAUUUCGAAGGAUAUAAUUUAAGAGUCUUCACAGUUGGAGGUAGUGGAAGGAGCAUCAAUAAAAGUUAUAGUAACAAGGGCAAAGGCGAACAAGAGAUUCUAGUUCAUUCAUAGUAAGGUUCACACCUUCCGAUAAACCCCCCUGAGCCUUUCGUAUUCUUGUAUUUUCGAAUUAGUGUCAGCGGAGUUUCAAAUAGUUUACCUUCAGCUACAACAUUAAAAUAUGGUGUUCAGUAUGUUGUGAUGAUUACUUUUCUUGAUUUACACGUUCUUAUCAAAAGGGGGGGAUUUGACUUCAUAAUGAUUAUCUUCUGUCAGGUUCACAUUUGAUGAAAUAGUAGACUGAAAAUAAUCUGUAAACUGAUGAGAAUAAUCAUUUUAAGCCACCAAGUGACCAAGCUCUGUUCUCGUUUUAUACGUUUUGUGAUCUUUGUUGUCGUCCAUUAAUAAACACAUGUUUUAUAAAAGACAACCAAUGUCAUUAAAAAACAAUGUAAUACACUUUCAGCACAUGUAGUUAUAGUAACGGCGUUAUAGAGCAGCUAGGGCGACUUUUCUUUUUUGUAAUGUUUUUAUUCUAAAUAUGCAGAAAGUGGAACUUCUAACUACAUCUUAAUUUGUUUUUAAGCUUUUAUAAAGUUUAUUUUGUAUUUUACAUGAGCAUUCUGUUAUUAAAAAGCACUAGCUAAAGGAAAUUAUUUUUUUUCCACCUGAUGUCUUUUCUGUAUUUAAAAUAAACUUUUUGCUGCAGUUGUCAAUAUACAUGUUAAGAAUAACGUUUGUGCAAAAUUGUCACAGUAUAGUUUCAGAGUAUCCAGUGCUAAACUGCAGCAUAUGACGCAACUACUGCAAAAAUUUGCCUUGUACUUCUUUAUUUGUCAAUACAUUAUUUCUAUCAAACAUCUA